GUGGACUAACCUUGUCCUCAAGACUCAAGAUGGUAGUAUCGUGGUUAUCGAGCCAAAUAUGCCGUUGAAUACUGCAAGGUCACCGUACAUUGUUUGCGUGUCUCCAAAGAACCAAAAAUACGGUGAGGAAGAGACACUACAAGGUGUUCUAUGCCAAGUAGCCGAGUCUUUUACCAGUACGUUUACAGCUUCACAUUUGAAGUUGGAAACUGAAGCGCGGUUGCAGCAACUCGAUGGAAAGAUAGAAGCGGAGUCAAUGAAAUUGAUUGGGCUGUCACACCUCAAUAAAGACGUGGCGGACAUCAGAGAGCAGAUCAGACAAGAACGAAUCACUUGGCAAUCAAUCCAGGACAACCAGAAUAAAUCUGAUAUGAACUACAUCAACUCGUCCAUUCCUGUAGCCAGCUAUUCAAAGUAUACUCUGAGUCCAGAAACCAUUCGUUAUCUCAAAGAACCGACAUUCAACAUUUGGCACUGGGAACCAAAUGAAAUGAUUUGCCUCUUUGAACAAAUGUACAAAGAGCUUGGCCUGGUCGAGGAAUUCAACAUCAAUCAUAAUGUCCUCAGACGUUUCCUGACCUGCAUUCAACACAAUUACAAAACCAAUCCAUUCCACAACUUUCGCCAUUGCUUCUGUGUCACUCAGAUGAUGUAUACAACUAUUCAUUUGUGCCAGUUGACAGAAAAACUAACGAAACAGGACAUCCUGAUUUUACUUACGGCUUGUAUCUGUCACGAUUUAGAUCACCCUGGAUACAACAACACAUACCAGAUCAACGCCAGGACAGAGUUGCCCAUUCGUUAUAAUGACAUUUCUCCACUAGAAAACCAUCACGCCGCUAUUGCAUUUGAUAUUCUUGGACGGCCGGAAUGCAAUAUUUUCGCGAAUAUAAGUAAUGAAAGAUUUAAGAAAAUACGACAGGAAAUAAUUAUGCUGAUUCUAGCCACAGACAUGGCUCGCCACAGCGAAAUCGUAGAGAACUUCAAGAGCAAGUUGGAUACUUUUGACUUUAAUAACGAUGAAUAUUUGAAAUCGUUGAAAAUGAUUCUUAUAAAAUGCUGUGAUAUUUCUAAUGAAGUUCGUCCCAUGGAAGUGUCCGAGCCGUGGGUUGACUGUCUACUCGAAGAAUACUUUUUACAGAGUGACCGCGAAAAAGGAGAAGGACUUCCAGUGGCGCCCUUCAUGGACCGUGACAAGGUUACUAAGGCAACGGCUCAGAUCGGUUUCAUCAAGUUCGUACUUGUACCAUUAUUUGAGUCAUUAAGCAAACUUUUCCCUCAGAUUGAAGAGCCAAUGUUGACUGCUCUACGAGAGGCAUAUGAACACUACGAGCGACUCAAAGUAGAAGAAGAAAAAUCCCGACGAGGCAUUGAUUAUAACUACCAUGUGCUCAGCACAAGCUCUACGUCAGUCAAUGACGAGAAAGAUACCACUGAUGAGUCGAAAGAGAACAAGAAAGACGACAGCAACAGGGCAUCGUCUUCAAGGUUCAAGGACUGGCUAUUCUCUAACAACAACGAGAAAAGCGAUAAGGAAAAAAAGGAAAAGAAACAGGGUGGAAUCUUGAAGAAGAGCGAGAAAGAAAAAUCACCCAAGAGAAGCUACUGAAAUAUGACGUCAUCAUUAAAUAUAUGAACUGAAAUAUGACGUCAUCAUCAAAGAUAUGACAUCAAAAUUUGACGUCACCAAAGACAAGAUAUUUAAAUAUGACGUCAUCACCAAAGAUCUGAACUAAAAUAUGACGUCAUCACCAAAAAUAUGAACUGAAAUAUGGCGUCAUCACCAAAGAUAUGACGUCAAAAUAUGAAGUCACCCAAGACAAGCUGUUGAGGCUCGUCCAUUCAGAUAAUAAUAAUAAUAAUA